AUGGAGUGGGAACAUUCCCUCACCUCUUUGAAGAACCAGCUGAGCUUCAGUGAAGACAAGAGGAAAGAGUCAGAGUUGCGCAUGACGCGGUUACAAGAGGAGUCGUACAGUCACCAGGUUCUCCAGGAUGAGGCUCGGGAGCUGAGGAAGGCUCUCCAAGAGGCUACAACGCAACUCCGCACCAACGAGGAUGCCCAAGCUCAAAAAGAGACACUCCUGCAGAAACAUCUCAUGCUCCUUCAAGCAAGCCAGGACAGAGAACGGAAGAGUUUGGCAGCCAGCUUGGCGAGGGCGGAGCAACACUCUCAAGAACUUCAGAAGAGAUUGGAUCAAGCUGAGGAGCAAGUGGACAGCUUGACUAAGGUGUGGAGUAGGGACAUUGAGGACACCCGAGAACAACUCCGAGAGGAGUUAGCUUCUUCAGCGGCUGCUGUGCAAAAGUAUCGAGAUGAAAAAGAACAGAUGGAGCAACAAUGCCAAGAGCUGCAGAAUCUUCUAAUGGAGGAACGUCAGGAAAAAAGCAGGUUGCAGGAUUGUUUGGAAACAGAAGAGACAUACUAUCAGGAUCUUAAACAUUCAUAUGAGAAGAUCACAGAGGAACUGCUGACGGUUCUGGAGAAGGCGCAACAAAGGGAAACUGAAGUUCAGGAAAUACGAAACGGCUUUGAGAGGCUCCUGGAUGAAAAGGAGCAAGAGCUGAAUGAGGUGUUGCUGAAGAUGGAAGUCUUAGGUAACAGUUUGGAGGAGACGGAAGCACAACUCAAUGAAAAGCUCAAGGUUUGUGGUUCUUCUCAUGUGGAGGAGGAAUCUUUGGAGGCCGUCCCGCACGAGGAGGAGGAGAUGGUGGAGCCCGCAAGUGACAACACGUCAGAGGAACGAGACCAGAACCACCAUCAUCACGCAAGAAUCCGAUCCUACUCACUUGGCCCAUCGCACCAGUACAUCAUCACCGCAGGAGACGACCCGGAACGCUUUACAUCGGCCAUCCAGCUACUUGAAACAAAACUUUUCGUAACAGAGGAGAAAUUACGGGAAAUCACCGAGCGACUGGAGGAGCACCAGGAUCACGAGACCAACCCGGACCCCCGUCUUAACUCCCAGCUCACUCACAGCCGAGCCUCGGCCCAGCAUCUCGCCCUGCUGCUUCACAGCCGGACCAGUCAGAACCAGCGCUUCGCUCAGGAGACGGAAAAUCUUUGCAAGCUUUUGGCCGGCCGCUUUCAACUUGCCCUUAAUAUUCUCCAAAGUUGCAGAGAGAAACUUCAAACCAGCCAGGCGAUUGAAUUGACUGACUUUGAGGGGAGGCUAGCAGCUAUCGAGACGUGUCUUCAGCGAGGACGGAAUGACGCUGAAAAACAGCAACAUGCAUCUUUCGACGCCUACAAAAUGGAGGACAAAAUCCCAUGUGAUGUCCUGGCUGGAGUUGAGAGCAGCGUUGAUGAAGACCUUGAACUCCCUCACGCAGAGGACAUCAUAAGUGUUGGGAAAUUUUUAAAGAGACAAUUAGUCCUAGUCGAAAAAAUGUUGGCAGCCCUGAAGAGUCCAAAUGUGCAACUCAUAUUUUUAGUGCCAAAAGAAGAAAGUAUGACCAUGGCCUACAGGUACAAACUCAUCAUCUCACAAAUUUUGACAUUAAAACAAACUCAAUUCGAGGAAGACGGAGCUCGGGAGGACCACGAAAUCAUCAUGAGAGCCUGCAUUGAAGCAGAGUUCAUCUAUGCUGCCUCUAAAAUCCAGCAAGAAUAUCAGAAAGACAAUCCUGCAGACUCCAUCCAUCCAAUAUUUGUUUUUAAUGAACAGCAGGAGAAUGAAAAAGAUCAAUCUGAGGGCAUCAAAAAUCCGCCGUGGUUAGAGCGACUUAUAACGAGGCUGCAAAGAAGAGUUAAAGUCAUGUGGCAGCUCUAUCAGGAGGUGACGAUUGAGGAGGAGGACAUUUGUGAAACGGCCCCUGGAGUGGACCUGAAGUGGAUGCAGGAGCAAGUAAAGCUCCUUUAUUUGUCAGACAGGCUUCAUUUAGAUUUGGAGCAAGAGCAGCAGCGAUGUGUGAUGUUGCAGGACAAAUUAUGCAAACAGCAGGAGGCCUCAUUAACGGAUGAGCGGGAGGUUUUUAAUCACAUCUUAAGUGAACUCCAGGAGGACAACAAAGCACUGAGAGAGGAACUAGAACAUGCCGAAGACGCCUUGAUAUCGAUGAAGUCCGGAAACCAAAACAAAUGGCAAAUUGAGGAAUAUCAAAAGGAAAAAAUACAAAGAUUAGAAGCAGAGUUUCAAAUGAAGGAUGUCAAGUUACGAACUGACGAUGUCAAGUUUGCCACUCUGCCUUCCAGUAGAGUCACACCUCGAGCAAAUUCUGGUAAGAGAAUGCUAAAGUUGUUUGGCUAA